AUUUGCAAAACAAAACAAUUUUAACGUACUUCAUGAAUGGAUACAAUGUCUAUAUAAUGAAAAAAAUCCGUUUUCAUCAUCUCAGUUUUCGAUUUGACUCAAUUCAAAGCUUAAAUUGGUCAUUAUUUGCAAAAGUUUUUGAAAUAAAUCUAAACCAUAUUCAUAUAUUGUCUUUUAAUCCAACUUUUUUUUUUUUUUGGUACAAAAAAAUGUCUUUUCACGUUUUCAAUGUUCCAAUGUAUCGAAAUAAGAGUUCAAGUAAAUUUCGAUGGAAAAUUGGUCACGGAAGUGAUGAACUUGUUGUCAUGAUCGACAUUUAUGGCAAACUACGAAAUAAUACAAUGUGGAUAGUCAAAUUUCCAAAAGAAAUGUCCGCUAAAUAUCCGACAAAUACGGAAUUUAUUUAUCGUGAUUUACAGCGAACUGGUUACAGUCCAAUCGUUGAAGAAAAAUUGCAAGAACUUCGAAAUCAAAUUCAGAUCGUAUCCGAACGAGAUGGCGUACCAGCAAAUCGAUGGGAUUUGACAGCCUAUUAUGGAAAACCUGGAUUCGAAUUCGAAGAGUAA